UUGGUUGUGGGAGCUCCAACAUGAACGUGUCACGGACUUUCGUGUGCGAUGGACGUUACCAGUGCGAUCGUUACGAGGACGAAUUAGCAUGCGCUAAGUCAGCAGCAUAUCUUCAGGAAGGCGAAUCACAUUUCAUCUCAUUACCAACCAACACGACAACACGAUUUUAUGACGCAACCUUGCUACAAACAAACGCUACGAAUGGAUUUCAAGUUGUGUUCCAGUCUUUUCAUAUCGAUCCUGGUGUUAAAGUCGAAAUAGGGACUGGUAACGAUCCGUCUGACAUACACUCUGUCAUCGCAACUAUCUAUGGAUAUAGAUACUCCACUCCCGGUGAUGUCUAUGUAGAUACCAGUGAGAUGUGGUUUGCUGCCAUAGGAGCAAAGGGUAUCUCGAAGCUUCAAAUGGACGUUCGUAUAAUUUCUAAUGACUUAUCAAUUGACUGUUCUGGUAGCAACCCUUGUCUAAACGGAGGUACCUGUGAGAGCGACGCAUGUAUAUGUUCCUCGGAGUAUACUGGAGCUUUGUGCGUAGACACGAUUGACUGUUCUGGUAGCAACCCAUGUCGGAACGGAGGUACCUGUGAGAGCGACGCAUGUACAUGUGCUUUGGGAUUUACUGGAUCUUUGUGUGACAAAGUUGACUGUUCUGGUAGCAACACAUGUCGGAACGGAGGUACCUGUGAGAACAAUGCGUGUACAUGUGCUGUGGGCUUUAGAGGUGUUUUGUGUAGUACAGUUGACUGUUCUGUUGCCAACCCAUGUCUGAACGGAGGUACCUGUGAUUACAAUACAUGUACAUGUGCUGCGGGAUUUAAUGGAGCUUUGUGUGGUAUAGUUGACUGUUUUAGUAGCAACCCAUGUCUGAACGGAGGUACCUGUGAGAACAAUGCAUGUACAUGUGCUGCGGGAUUUGAUGGAGCUUUGUGUAAUACAGGUAACUCUGAUCCUUGCUCCCAACGAAACCCGUGUGUCAAUGGUGUCUGUCGUUACACUGACCAAGAACAGUACGAGUGUGAAUGCCAAGAUCAUUAUGAGGGGAUCCAUUGUGAUGAACCAACUCUUCCUUUGGAUGUUUCUGUCCAUCCGACAAGCCAGAUAGUUAACAUGAAUGCCAAUGUGGAGCUGACAUGUAGUUUCAACAAUGCCAAGCGAUACCACUGGUACAAAGAUGAUGUCAUUUUGCCCAACAGUGAAAAUCAGAAUCCUUUGAUAAUUCUGUCUGUCUCGCCCAGUGACAUCGGGUAUUACUUCUGCCGAGGCACGGGGAGAAAUGGAGAAACUUUAGACACAAUGCGAGCAUCUGUAUAUGUCAAAGAUCUGACCAAUAUGAAAGUUUUGAACGCUAGAUUUGCCAUUCCAUUCAGCGAUGAGCUUCAUGACCAAACUUCUCAACUCUAUAGAGAAACGGCACUCAACAUCAGCACCUUUGUGGAGCAAGGCCUCCGAACCAGUACUGGGUGGACGAGCCUAUCAGUAGUAUGCAGAGCCUUAAGACCAGGAAGCGUCAAAGCUGACAUGAAUAUCUACAUCGAGCGGACCAAUAUGACGGCACUGGAGACACAAGAUCUUAUCGGUCUAUCUCUUGAGAGUCUAGCCAAUGAAUCGAAUGGGUUUCUCGAUUCCAACACAAUUUCAGUUCAAGAUAACGCUAUUUGCCAGAAUAUCUCAUGGAUAUCUCCUCGGUUUGAAGAAGUCAAAUUUCCGGUGGGUGAAAACGGAACAUUGGCAAAUUCAACAGGAAUGUGUCCAUUCAACACUACUCAAGCCAAUGAACCGAUUGGACGGGCUCUGUGUAUCGGUGAUGGUAUUACCCAGAGCCAGUGGCAACCUGUGGAUAAUUGCGGACCAUUUAGAAAUGUCACAGAUAUUCUCACCGAAAUUGCACAGGUAAUCGUAGGUGAAGAAAACGCAGGUGAAGUGAGCCAGCAAGUAUCAUAUGUUACUUCCAACAUCGAAGAUAUCACAUCAGAAGACAUCACGUUUGUGGCAGAAAUAACAUUAAACAUUGUGCAGCAGAAUCUUACAAGUGAAGAGGUAACAGAAAAUGUAACGCGUAUUGUGAACAAUAUCGCUGAGGUAGAAACUGAGGAACUUGAAGCCGCAGAGGAAGAAGGUGAGGCAAUAAGUAAAUUAGUCCUGGCUUUUGAGGAACAAAUCAGGCGUGUUGAGGUUGCCGAUGGUGGGAUGCUCAACAUUCAGCAGCCAAAUGUAGCCGUACAGGUUCAGAGUGUAAUUGCUGACGACGUAAUGAAUGGUCUCGUACUUUCACUAGCUGGAUCCACUCUUUCAGACCUGACCAAGUCCAAUAUUACCAUCAGGGCUCUGACCCAAGAUGACCGCGAUGACGUCAUUGCUACCAGACCAGACCUCAUCGCUCAGGUCAACAUUCCACCUUCAGUUUCAUCCGUCAUUUCGUCCACGGCCCCAUUCUCUGGUUCACCGUCGAAUGACAGUGGUGAAUACAUCCGGGUCAACUUCAAUGUAUUUUCAACUUCAGCCCUGUUCAUUUCUAAGUCAUUGCGCACAGUCAGUGCAGCUAAUGAAGGCUUCAAUCGAUCGGCUAACUCGCCCGUGAUUUCUCUCAAUUUUGGUCAAGGGAAAGUAGCAGCCUUGACCGAAUUCAUCAAUUUUACCUUCUCUACAAUAAUGUCUGGAUACGUGAAUCCGAUGUGCUCAUUCUGGGAUGAGGAGGAGGAAGAUUGGUCCCAAGAUGGGUGUGUUCUUGUUUCUGGAAUCACAUCAUCUGAUGAGCUCUAUGAUGAGGAGGGCGUGCGCUGUGCGUGUGAUCAUCUUACCAACUUCGCUGUUAUAAUGGAUAUCCAUAGAGAGGAGGGUUCCUUCAUCAAGGCAUACAACAUCCUGACUUACAUUGGAUGCUGUAUUUCUAUCUUCAGUCUUCUUGUCACAUUGGCAACCUACCUGUGGAACAAGGAUUUGAGGACCGGACAGCCUAAACAGAUCUUAAUCUGUUUGUGCUUGACCUUGCUGUGCCUCUACACGACAUUUGUCAUCAUGAUCUCUCUGGAUUCUACUAGAGAUUAUCGUGAGGUCCAAGCUGGACCCUGUGGGUUCCUGACGGCCCUAGUUCACUUCUUCGUUUUAUCCUCCAUUGCAUGGAUGGGUGUGGAAGGGUACAAUAUGUACCUCUUCUUUGUGAAGAUCUUUAACCCUUACAAAGAGAAUUUCAUGAUCAAGGCUUUCUUAGCUGCAUGGGGAAUUCCUGCACUUAUCGUGGUUCUUACCGGAGCUAUUGCUAGAGACUCUUACGCCCUUGAUGAUCUGUGCUUCCUACAAUUCUGGGCUCAAAUCGGUGGUCUCCUGAUCCCCAUGUCCAUCAUCCUCCUCAUCAACAUUGUCAUCUUCGCCCUUGUGGUUCGACGAUUGCUCGAGCCACCCAACAUCGCUGGCCGGGUGACAAUGAAAGAGGCUAAGGUAGAACGUCGAGAGACUAUCAAGCGCGUCCAGAACGCGAUCUGCAUCUUGCUCCUGCUCGGUCUGACUUGGGUCACCGGAUAUCUUCUUUUAAUCCCGUUAUUCAGUCAGGUGGCUCAGCCAAUCUUCAUCGUCCUUAACUCCUUCCAAGGACUGUUCAUCUUUCUACUGUACUGCGUCCGGAAUCCUGACAUCCGUAAGCAAUGGGGGCUGACUUCUUUCGACAAGUUUCUAAAGAAAGAAGCAAGCACUUCCAGCGGUGUGAUGAACUCGACGGCCCCAUCCUCAUCAGCUGGCGUGAUUAGCAAUCUGCGCCCAGGAGCCUCGGGUAAUGACUUGUUGCCUACCAAAGACGACAAUCCCGAUCCUAUGUGUAUGUUCAAUCCGACCUAUGAUGUGAGCCAGGUUGAGGAAGGGGUCACACCACCUAUGAACUAAGAUCUCCCAAGUUCCACCA